AUGGCUGAAGAGCAAGCACAACCUGUUACUCAAGCUACAUUUCAAGGCAAUAUUCCCCCACCUCCAAGACUUGAAUUAAAGGGAAAUCUUGCACAGAACUGGAAAAGAUGGAGACAAAUCUGGGACUCUUUUGAAGUUAUGGCCAGAAUUGAUGCAAAUGACCAUAAAUACAGACUUGCUUCUUUCAUAACCUACAUAGGUCCAGAAGCUCUUGAUAUCUAUAAUGGCUUACCUUAUGAGUCUGAGGAGGACAAGGAGAACAUGGAUACAGUGUUAACUCUCAUGGAAAGGCACUGUCUAGGUGAAACUAACGUCAUAUAUGAAAGAUACAUCUUCAACCAAAGAUCACAAAUGGAAGAGAGACUGAUGACUAUAGAUACCUGUGAAGAAUCUGUCAACUGUGUUGUAGGAAAAUACCCUACUAAAAUCUUCACAACACUUGAAGUGAACUCUCAACCAGUACGAUUUCAGGUAGAUUGCGGGGCUACCUGUAAUGUGAUCUCUAAAAAGUAUCUCCCAGAGGAUACUGACAUGCAGGAUACGUUGGUUAACCUGAAGAUGUACAAUGGGUCCAAGCUUACUACAAUGGGAACUGCUAAUCUCCAUUUACGCAAUCCCAAGAACUCUAAAAAGUAUCAUGGCAAGUUUGUUGUGAUAGCUGAGGACAGAACACCACUGAUUGGAUCCCGCUCUGCUCAACAAAUGAACUUUAUGAAAGUGCUCCACGAAAAUAUUCAUGAAGUUUCUGAAGAGAAACCUCCGUCUGAGAAAGUCACAUCCUCAACUGGUCUUACAAAAGAGGACAUACUGAAGACAUACCCAGACAUCUUUAGCGAUGAACUUGGAACUUUUGAAGGAACUCAAAAGCUAGAAAUUGAUCCAAGUAUAACGCCUGUCAAACAGCCACUCAGGAGAAUUCCACAUGCUCUCAAGCAAGACCUCAAGACAGAACUCGAACGUCUAGAAAAACGUGGUGUAAUUACUCCAGUUGAUACACCUACAGACUGGGUCUCUAGUCUCUUGAUCGUUAAGAAGCCCUCAGGUCGUCUACGCCUAUGCAUAGAUCCUAAACCUCUCAAUAAAGCUCUCAAAAGAUGUCACUAUCCAUUGCCUGUAAUGGAAGAUAUACUGCCAGAUAUUGCAGAAGCCAAGGUGUUCUCUAAAUGUGACUUGAAAGAUGGUUUCUGGCAUAUCGUACUUGAUGAGGACUCUAGUUAUCUCACAACCUUUGGAACUCCAUUUGGACGCUAUCGGUGGCUCAGACUUCCUUUUGGUGUUUCCCCUGCACCAGAGAUAUUCCAGCAGAGAAUCGAUCAGCUUCUCCAAGAUCUGCCUGGAGUAUUCAGGAUAGCAGAUGAUAUAUUGAUCAUUGGUGAAGGCUCUACCAAGGAAGAAGGAAUAGCAAACCAUGACAAACGGUUUGUGCAAUUCAUGAUACGAUGCCGAGAGAAAGGUAUUCGACUCAACUCAGACAAACUUGAUCUGAAAAGGUCAGAAGUCUCUUACAUUGGUCAUCUUCUAACAGAUCAUGGACUCAAACCUGACCCUAGAAAAGUGAAAGCAAUCCUUCAAAUGCCUACACCUACACAGAUGUUCAAGGUGUCCAACGUGUGA